CCGACUCUUCUUCUUCGCACCACCUCCACCUCGUUGACGCCCAAGCAAGACGAAAAUGGCCGCCAAGAUCAUCCUCGCCAUCGCCGCAACGCUCGCCCUGGCCCAAGCCGGCAUCGUCCCCGCGGGCGCACCUCUGGCCCUGGCACCUGCUCCAGUCCACCUGGCGAAGCUCGACGAGUACGACCCCCAUCCCCAGUACUCGUACGCCUACGACGUCCAGGACUCGCUGACGGGUGACUCGAAGGCCCAGUACGAGACCCGCAACGGAGACGUCGUCAGCGGCAGCUACUCGCUCAUCGAGGCCGACGGCACCCGCCGCGUCGUCGAGUACACCGCCGACCCCAUCAACGGAUUCAACGCCGUCGUCCACAGGGAGCCGGCCGUCCUCAAGGCAGCCGUACCCGCGGCGGUGCCCGUCCCGGCCGCCAUCAAGGUCGCGCACCCCUUCGGCUUCCACCACUGAUCACGACGAGGGAUGCAAUCGAUAUAUUAUAUGUAUUAGAUCUAGCGUUGUAGUUAUGCCCGAUGCCCCAAUGUUUGUAGCAGCCUAGUCCCCUAGUCAGACGAGAGGUGUGCGCCAUGUGUGUAUAUAUAUACCCGUAUUUUAUAUGCUAUAUUGUAUAUGCGCGAGGAUUAUGUUAAUGUGCACUCGCGAGGGCGGCGUUGCGCGCGCGUAGGUUUGCGGCGCUGACUGCCUGUCGACGAAUGUAACCACUGUGUAAUCAAUUAUUAAAUUUUUAUACGAAUCAU